AUGGCACAUAAGCUGCUGGAAGCUGCGCGCGUGGCGCCACAAAUCUAUGAGCUACGUCCUGAUUAUCGAGCCCUGCUGAUGGUGGUUGAGGGCAUCCCUCCGGGCCCUAGUGAUGAUUUCAGCGAAAACAUGUUACGGGAAGCCGAAUCUUGCGUCAAAGAGUUGCUGUUGAAACACACCAUCACCGAGUUUCCACAUAUCGCCGCAUGGAGAGACGCUUACAAGGCUUUUGGAGCUAAGCCGCAGAAGACCCGCAACAGUCUAGAGGCAUUGACGCGUCGCGCCGAGAAUGGCUUACCGCGCGUAAACCGGCUGACGGACAUUUACAAUGCUAUCUCAGUCAAGCAUCAAAUUCCACUUGGCGGCGAAGACCUUGAUAAAUACAAUGGCUCGCCGUUUCUGAUCCGCGCCACUGGGCAGGAACCCUUCCAGACAUUUUCUGGCGGGGAACCUCAAACGGAACUCGCAGCUCCUGGGGAGCCUAUCUGGUGUGAUGAGACUGGCGUCACUUGCCGCCGCUGGAAUUGGCGACAGGGUCCACGGACCGCAUUGACGGAUGAGAGCACACGUGUUCUAUUCAUUCUGGAUGCAUUAGAGCCGCUUUCUGACGAUGCCCUGGUACAAGCUGCCGACGAGCUUGCCUCAGCAUUGAAACGCCUAUCUCCAGAGGUGAAAACGACAACCCGAAUCAUUGCUCAUUCCGCUUGA